CUUGACCAUGUAAAACCUAACAACGCCGUGCCGUACCUCUUCUCUUCAAUUUCUUAACAAUAAGUCAAGCCAGACACCGAACAACUCUUUCAAAUACCCAUAAAUUCCCGUAUCUAAUUCCCCAAUUAGGAAAAUAAUAAUAAUAUAAAAUUGUAUAAAAAGGGUGGAAACCCCGCUUUCCUCUCUGUUUAUGUGGUGCCAACGGGUUGCUGAUGAUUCCACCGCCAUCUUAAUUAAGAAUCAUACUUCUUCCUUCCAUCUGCAAUGAUUUUCCCAGUUCCUUGAAAAUCAAUAAUUUCGUUUCAUAGUUUUUCCUGCUUCUCUCGACUCAAAUCAUGUUUGUUGUGAUCUUAUUGGCGAUCGUCGCUGCAUUUUUUGUUCUGCCUUUAGCGUCCAAAUCUUCUCUGCUGUUUCUGGUGAAAAAAUGGUUCCGAGUUUUGGAGGACAAGUGCUAUGAGCACCAGUUCUAUAAGGUGCCGGAGUUCAACCAGAAUAUGCAGGAAAAUCAGCUGUACCGGAAAGUGUCUACUUAUCUCAGUUCCUUGCCCGGCGUUGAAGAUUCCGAUUUCACAAACCUGUUUUCGGGCGGGAAAUCGAACGAGAUCAACGUCGUUCUCGACUCGAGGCAGGUCGUGGUCGACACGUUUUUGGGCGCUAGGGUUUGCUGGACGAACGAGGAGAGCGAGAUGAAAUCGCUGGUAUUGAAAAUCCGCAGAAACGAUAAGCGCCGGAUUCUUCGAUCAUAUCUUCAGCAUAUUCUCUCGGUGUUCGAUGAAAUUGAGCAGCGGAGGAAGGAGGUCAGGCUGUACAUGAACAUCGACAAGGAUACGGAGAAGUGCGGGCGGUGGAGAUCGGUGGCGCUGACGCAUCCCGCGACGAUUGACACGGUGGUGAUGGAUUCGGAUCUCAAAAACAAGGUCAAAUCCGAUUUGGAAACGUUUCUCAAAUCCAAGCAGUACUACCACAGGCUCGGCCGUCUCUGGAAGAGGAGCUACCUGCUCUACGGCCCUUCCGGUACCGGAAAGUCCACCUUCACCGCCGCCAUGGCGAAAUUCCUCUGCUACGACGUUUACGACGUCGAUCUAUCCCGAGUCUCCGACGACACCGACCUCAAAAUGCUUCUAUUGCAGACGAAGAGCAAGUCUCUGAUCGUGAUCGAAGAUCUGGACCGUCAUUUGCUCGGGAAAUCAACGGGCCCGACGUUUUCGGGGAUCCUCAACUUCAUGGACGGAAUCUUCUCCUGCUGCGGCGAAGAACGAGUCAUGGUGUUCACGAUGAACGGCAAGGAUCAAAUUGAUCCAACGGUUCUGCGGCCGGGAAGAGUCGACGUCCACGUUCACUUCCCCCUGUGCGAUUUCAACGCUUUCAAGACCUUAGCGAGUAGCCACUUGGGUUUAAAAGAUCACAAGCUCUUCUCUCAGGUAGAAGACAUAUUGCAAACCGGGGCGAGUCUGAGCCCGGCCGAGAUCGGCGAAAUCAUGAUCUCGAACCGGAGUUCUCCGAACCGGGCAUUGAAGUCGGUCAUCUCCGCCCUGCAUACCAACAGCGAAGAGAGGGCCGCGGCCAGGCACACCCGGAGGUUGAGUCACAGCGGGUCGGGUCGGACCAAGGAGGAAUCGGGCAGUUACGGAAAAGAAGGGAUAAAAGAGGUCCGAAAGUUGUAUGGACUUUUGAGGAUAAGAAGUAGUUCUAGGAAAGAGUCAUACGAAUUAGAUGCAGCCGCAGAGAAAGAAUAGUUGACCGACAACAAAAGGAUAGUUGUUUUAGAUUACUUUCGUAACCCAUUUGGGGCCCUCUCGAGAUUGUCUUUUCAUGUAAAAAAAUACUAGGAUUUUGCUUUGUUACACGUCCGGUUUGUCUAUGCACGCAUAAAAAAUCAGAUGUGUACAUGCCCUACAAGUAGGUGUGUACACUAACAACAAUUUCGUAAAAAGUAAUAAUGAAGACGCUCAUAAGUUUGAUUU